AGGACAGGCUUAAGGAGCUGUAUUGUGGGGAGGACUGGGGCAAGCAGGCCAAGGCCUGGCCAGGGGAGGGAGCAUGGAGCCAUCUGAGUCCCAGAGGCGUAGGGGCGAACAAAGCUGGUGGGGUAGUGCCCCCCAGUACCAGUAUAUGCCCUUUGAACACUGCACCAGCUACGGACUGCCCUCUGAGAAUGGGGGCCUUCAGCACAGGCUCUGGAGGGAUGCAGGCCACCAUCCUAACGCCCACCCCACACAGAUUUAUGGCCAUCACAAAGAGCAAUUCUCGGACAAGAAGCAGGACAUGGGGAUGCCCAAGAAGACAGACUCCAGUGCUACCAUGGACAGCAAGGAUGAGGAUCACUCUUCCAAAUGUCAAGAUUGUAUCCACCGCCUGGAACUCGUGGUGAGAAGAAAAUUAGGGGAAGACUGGAUCUUUUUGGUGCUUCUGGGACUACUUAUGGCUCUGGUUAGCUGGAGCAUGGAUUACGUCAGUGCCAAAAGUCUUCAGGCCUACAAGUGGACCUACUACCAGAUGCAGCCCAGCCUGCCUCUCCAGUUCCUGGCCUGGGUCACCUUCCCACUUAUUCUCAUCCUCUUCAGCGCCCUCUUUUGCCACCUCAUCUCCCCCCAGGCUGUUGGCUCUGGAAUCCCUGAAAUGAAGACAAUUCUUCGUGGGGUUGUCCUGAAGGAAUACCUCACCCUCAAGGCCUUCGUAGCCAAGGUUGUUGCCCUGACUGCGGGGCUGGGCAGUGGCAUUCCUGUGGGGAAGGAGGGCCCUUUUGUCCACAUCGCCAGCAUUUGCGCUGCCGUCCUCAGCAAGUUUAUGUCGGUGUUCUGUGGGGUAUAUGAGCAGCCGUACUAUUACACUGAUAUGCUGACGGUGGGCUGUGCUGUAGGAGUUGGCUGUUGUUUUGGUACACCACUUGGAGGAGUGCUAUUUAGCAUCGAGGUCACCUCCACCUACUUUGCCGUGCGGAACUACUGGCGAGGCUUCUUUGCAGCCACAUUCAGUGCCUUUGUUUUCCGCGUGCUAGCGGUGUGGAACAAGGAUGCUGUCACCAUCACUGCUCUCUUCAGAACCAAUUUCCGAAUGGAUUUCCCCUUUGACCUGCAGGAACUUCCAGCCUUUGCCAUCAUCGGGAUUUGCUGUGGGUUCCUGGGAGCUGCAUUUGUGUAUGUGCAUCGCCAAGUCAUGCUCGGUGUCCGAAAGCACAAGGCCCUCAGCCAGUUUCUUGCAAAGCACCUCCUGCUGUAUCCUGGAAUCGUUACCUUUGUCAUCGCCUCAUUCACCUUUCCACCAGGAAUGGGUCAAUUCAUGGCUGGAGAGUUGAUGCCUCGUGAAGCCAUCAGUACCCUGUUUGACAACAAUACGUGGGUAAAACAUGUAGGUGACCCUGAAAGCCUGGGCCAGUCAGCUGUGUGGAUCCACCCACGGGUCAACGUUGUCAUCAUCAUCUUCCUCUUCUUUGUCAUGAAGUUCUGGAUGUCCAUUGUGGCCACCACUAUGCCCAUACCCUGCGGAGGCUUCAUGCCUGUGUUUGUGCUAGGAGCUGCAUUUGGAAGGCUGGUAGGAGAGAUCAUGGCCAUGCUAUUCCCUGAUGGCAUCUUGUUUGAUGGCAUCAUCUACAAGAUCCUACCUGGGGGCUAUGCAGUAAUUGGAGCAGCAGCGCUGACUGGCGCAGUGUCCCACACAGUCUCCACCGCUGUGAUUUGCUUCGAAUUAACUGGUCAGAUUGCUCACAUCCUACCCAUGAUGGUGGCUGUUAUCUUGGCCAAUAUGGUGGCUCAGAGCUUGCAGCCCUCCCUCUAUGACAGCAUCAUCCAGGUCAAGAAGCUACCCUACUUGCCUGACCUUGGUUGGAACCAGCUCAGCAAAUUUACAAUCUUUGUUGAGGACAUCAUGGUACGUGAUGUGAAGUUCGUUUCAGCUUCUUGCACAUAUGGGGAGUUGAAAACUCUGCUCCAGACCACCACAGUCAAGACUUUACCACUGGUUGAUUCAAAAGAUUCAAUGAUCCUGCUGGGCUCUGUGGAGCGGUCAGAACUGCAGUCCCUCCUGCAGCGCCACCUGUGUCCUGAGCGGAGGUUGCGGGCAGCCCAGGACAUGGCAAGGAAGCUGUCGGAGCUGCCUUACGAUGGGAAGGCGCGGCAGACCCGGGGUGGGCAUCGCAGCAUCUCAUCCCAGGGCCGACCUGAGUCCUUUGCCUUUGUGGAUGAGGAUGAAGAUGAGGACCUCUCUGGGAAGCCCGAGCUGCCUCCUCUUCCUCCUCCUCACCCCUUUCCUACUGCUCCGUUGGCCUCGGAAGAGCCCAAUGGGCCCCUGCCCAGCCACAGACAGCAGCCAGAAGCGCCAGAGCCUGCAGGUCCAAGACCCUCCAUCUUUCAAUCUCUGCUGCACUGUUUGCUGGGCAGAGCUCGCCCCAAAAAGAAGAAAACAACCCAGGAUUCAACGGAUUUAGUGGAUAACAUGUCACCUGAAGAGAUUGAAGCCUGGGAGCAGGAGCAGCUGAGCCAGCCUGUCUGUUUUGACUGCUGCUGUAUUGACCAGUCUCCCUUCCAGCUGGUGGAGCAGACGUCCCUGCACAAAACUCACACGCUGUUCUCGCUCCUUGGCCUCCACCUUGCUUAUGUGACCAGUAUGGGGAAGCUCAGGGGUGUGCUGGCCCUGGAGGAGCUGCAGAAGGCCAUUGAGGGGCACACCAAGUCUGGGGUGCAACUCCGCCCUCCUCUUGCCAGCUUCAGGAAUACAACUUCAAUUCGAAAGAAUCCUGGGGGCCCGCCCCCUCCCACAGAGGCGUGGAGCCUGCCUGAGGAUGGAACUAGGGCCACUGAGGCAGAGGAUAUGCCUCCUGCCUCCCCAGAGACCCCUGUGCCACCCCCCUCCCAAGAGCACCCCCUCUCCCUGGCUCCAGCCAAGGUGGAGAGUGACCUGGAGGAGCUGGAGCUGGUGGAGAGUCCGGGGCCAGAAGAGGAGCUGGCUGACAUCUUGCAGGGCCCAAGUCUUCGGUCCACAGAUGAGGAAGAUGAGGAUGAACUGAUCCUUUGACCACCCCCAGACCUCUUCAUGCAGACCGUCAAGAGGCCUGGGCCAGAGGACAGAUUUGUGUGGGAGAGGGUAUGUCCUGAUGUUGGAGAGAUCACAACAAUAUCCUGGUGCCUCCUGGGCAUUUUAAAAUGUGAUAGUGACAGUCUGAGAAGAAGAGUCAGAAUUUGGGCAGAGAGUAGCCUCGGUCAAUUAUUUAGGCCAUGUCCUCCCAUCCCCAGGACACGCAGGUGGUUCUAACCCCACUGAAGGGCCCCUGAUACUCUGUGGGGCUUCCUGAGUAUUCCUGGAGUGUGGGUAGGGGAUACCCUGCCUAUCUCUGCCUCCCCUCACUCCCCCAUGAUGCCCCAGAGUUCUCAUCCCAGUGCCUUCCUGGCCUUGCCUACCUGUCUGUCAGUUUCCACAGGGGUUGGGUCAACGGAGGCCUGGAAUGACUGUGGCCCUGUGGAGGAGGAGAUGGGACCACUUCAUGGACUGAUGGCCCCAGGAUACACUCUCAAACUGUCUACAGCUCAUCCUCUCAAAGCGCCUCUCCUCUCCUGUGCUCCCACUUGCUCAUAUCCACUCCCUAAAAUUUGCCUCCAGACUCCCUCCUGGCUCCCACUAUCUGUCCCCAGGCAAGGGCCGUUACUAGGGCACUGAAAGGCCAGUUCCACUUGCCCCUCCUUUGUCCCCAAUUUAAGCAGCAAAAUGUGGAUGAAGAGACUGUGAGGGGGAGCAGGCUGGAAGAGAGAAGGUCUCUUUGUGGAAGGCUCCAUAUGGAAAGGGCAAGGGCCUUGUUGCCAAACACUCAUGUUGCCCCAAUGAUUUUAACUCCCUCCAGCAGAAGUCUGUCCUAUCUCACAUCACAUCAUCCUCCAGUUUCCAGGUCACUCCCUAGAGAAUACCUCCCCCUCCCCACUGUAGCCAUUGAUCUGUUCUGCCCACGGUCAGCUCUGCCCUCAAGCUGCUCUGGCUGGGGCUUCUCCUGCCAAGAACUAAGGCUCAGGGCAGCCAGGCCACUGGGUCACUCAGACACACCAGCCCUUCUUAGAUGAGUUCUCUAUGUUUCUCCUCUGGGGGGGACAGCUGGGGGUUCACUGUCAAGAUGGCAGGCAUCUCUGAUGCUUCCCACACUUGGGAAUUCAGAUCCUUAUCCUCCCCGAAUCAGCAACAGGGAGCCUGCCAUUAACCUGCCUUUCCUAUAAAGUGGUCCCAGGUGCUCUGAACAUCCCAAAAUCCUCGCUUCCACACCCAAGGCCUUUCUUCCUCCCUCCUUUAAUGCCUUCUUCCGUUCUGCAGUUGUAUCCCCUCUUGGACAUUCUCCUCCUUCCCCUUCCUUGUGCCCAGUCUCCAUCACCCCAAAUAAGACACUCAUAGUCAAAGGUGCCACCACAUUCUGUUUAGUGCCAUUGAACACAGCCUGUAGCCCUCUCCAGCAUACAUCCUUUCCCCCUCCCCAGGCCAAGAGAGAGAGGCUGCAGCCCGGGGAGGGAGCCUGUGCCCAUGUGUAUAUAAUCUAUAAUAUUUAUAUAUAGAUAUUUAUAUAUAAUUCUUUCUGUAAUAUAUGUCAUAGAAUCUCUCUUGGGCCUGGAGUGGGAAUGUCACAUUAAGAUAACAUGCUAAGACUGGCCAUAAGAAUGGAUAUUCCCCAGACCUGGAGGACGGAGGAUGGGAUGUACAGGUGGGAGCAAGGAGAAGGCAAUAAACCCUUUCACCAAGAUCCCCUCCUUAACACAAAGACAGGAAGGUGUGUGUGUGGGGGG